GAGAUCGCAAUGAAUGUGUGCAAUUGACCGACUAAUCAAAGUCCUAUCUUCUAUAUUAUAUGAAACUCUAUAGACACACAUAUAUAUACAUAUAAACUCUAUAUAUAGAAGUGCAGCCAAUGGACCGAGAACAAUUCCGCGCGGCAGCGCAUGCAGCCAUUGAUGACAUCAUAAAUCAUUUCGAUUCUCUACCGGAGCGUCGUGUCCUCCCUACCAUUGAACCCGGCUAUCUUCGUCCCCAAAUUCCUGAAAAUCCACCCAUUGAGCCACAGCCAUGGUCCGAAAUACAGGCAGAUAUCGAAUCAAAGAUUCAGCCGGGUCUGACGCACUGGCAGUCGCCGAACUUCAUGGCUUUUUUCCCGGCUUCGGUGACAUAUCCUAGCAUAUUGGGUGAGAUGUAUUCGGCGGCUUUCACUGCGCCAGCUUUCAAUUGGAUAUGUUCUCCGGCCUGCACGGAGCUGGAAUCGAUUGUUAUGGAUUGGGUCGCGAAAGCGUUGGGGUUACCGAAGUGCUUUCUUAGUACAUCGGAGAAUCGUGGUGGAGGUGUUAUUCAGGGUACCGCUAGCGAGUCCGUGGCGACCAUGCUGAUUGCUGCGCGUGAACGACGCGCGCGCGAACUUACCUUCGCUGAGGGUGUGAAGGACAACGGCUCGGCCGAAUAUGAAGAUCAUAUGUGUGCACAUCGUGCUAAACUUGUUGCUCUCAGUAGCGAUCAGGCUCAUAGCAGUGUUGCUAAGGCUGCUUUGGUUGCUGGUACGAGGUUUCGUAGUAUCCCCACUAGUUUAGAGGAUAAUGUGGAGUUGACAGCGAAGUCGUUGCGGGCUACUUUGACAAAAGUUGAAGAGGAGCAAGGCCUGGUACCUUUCUUUAUUAACUUUACUAUGGGCACGACUAAUUCGUGCGCUGUUGAUCGAUUUGCGGAACUCAAGGCUGUUUUGAAUGAGAGGGAAUCCUGGAGGCGGAUAUGGGUGCAUAUCGAUGCUGCGUAUGCAGGUGCUGCCUUGGUGGAAGAUGAGUACCAACAUAUUGCGCAAAAUUUUGCCGAAGGAGUGGACAGUUUCAACAUGAAUAUGCACAAAUGGUUAUUAGUGAACUUUGAUGCAAGCUGUCUGUUUGUGCGCAACCGAACCGACCUUACCAACGCCCUUGAUAUCACCCCAGCAUACCUUCGCAACCCCUACUCUGAAACAGGCACGGUAGUCGACUACCGCAACUGGCAGAUCUCGCUCGGCCGACGAUUCCGCAGCUUGAAAAUCUGGUUUGUUAUGCGUAGUUAUGGCUUAAACGGCAUGAAAGCACACAUCCGCAAGGGUAUCAAACUCGGCAACCUCUUCGCCGAAAAGGUUCAAAGUCGACCGGAACUGUUUGAGAUUGUCACAAAGCCUGCUUUCGCAUUAACUGUGCUUCGCGUUCGCAGCAGUGCUGCGUCUUCUGCUUUUACAUCUAACGGCACAAAUGGCGACAACGGGACCAGUGAGGUCGCCAAGCAUGGAGUCGCGCAAGUCGACGAAAAAGCGAAUGAAAUCACAAAGAAAGUAUAUGAGUUGAUUAACUCUCGUGGUGAGGUAUUUCUCACUUCGAGUGUGAUCGCCGGUAUAUAUGUGAUCAGAGUUGUUGGCGUGAGUCCGCAGGCUGAUGAAGCCCACACGUUACGAGCAUUUGAUAUUCUCGUGAAGACGACGGAGGAAGUUCUACGUGGCUGAGUACGUAUGCAUUGAAACUCAGGACAUGCAUAUACUGUACAUAUAUCUAGAUACCAGAGUAUAUAGCCCAUCUUCACUCAAUAUAAACCCAGGUCUUUU